CUAAUCGAUUAAUUCGACUUAUUUAAUCGAUUUUUAUUCGAUUUCCACUCUCUUAAAAUCAGCCAGUCUUCGUCUUCUUCGCCAUUCUCUUUUUACAGAACCAGAGAUCGGCGAAACCCUAGCCCCCUCCUUCGAUCUCCUCUGUGAUUUCCUCAACAAUCUCUUCAAUCUUUCUCACCAAAAUUCAUCAAAUUCAAAGAGGAAGGAUGCCCAGGUGCAAGAACCCCACCUCGCGUCAAGAAUCGGCGGCGGAAGAAGGUGAGCGUCCUUGGCGCCGAGAAGGAAGCAAAUACAUCCACAUUCAAACCGGGAUUGUCUUCAGAACGGGAGCAUCAGUAGAGAGGUUCCAAAACAACUUUCUCACGAGGGAGAUCGUCUCACCUAAGAUUGUGGACAAGGACCUCUUCAAAUCGGAGACCUAUGCCCCGAGUAAGUCCCUUUUCGCUCAGCAAGGCUUGCUUCGUUUCAUUUACUUGACGUAUGAAUUCAUUUGUCCAAACUUUAUACGUCAAUUUUAUGCUAAUCUUCGUACAACUAAGGGAGACUCGCCAUCUCUCGUCUCCUAUGUUAACGGCAAAAACAUUGAAAUUGAUAGUGCCGGUUUGACCUCUCUUUUUGGCCUUCGGCGAGGUGAAAUUACCGAAAACUUGGAUGAAACAUUCCAAGAUGAGGCAAUUUGGCGACAACUCGGGUUAGAUUCUCAUGACCUCAAAUUUAGAAACUCUAGCAACCCGAGUGUCAUCAACCUCACUUUGAUUCAACGCGUUCAACAAUACAUCUUCUCUUAUGUUUUGUUGCCCCGUGAUUCGAACCAUGGCGUUGUCAACAAGGACGAUAUUCGUUUGUUUCACGUCCUGUUGAACAAUGUCAAAUUUGAUUGGAAGACUUGCUUCAUCACGGAAGCCAAGUUUUCCCGGAUCGUGUACCCUGAGGAGGGCGAUGCUGCACCAAAUCUGGACCUGGUAGUCGCAGACGAAGAAGAGAGCCAAAACGAGACUCAAGCCGAGUCAUCUCGUGCCGGAGGAAGUCGAGCCACGGAGCGCGUCACUCGUCAACGCAGGACUCGUCCAAGAGAAGAAGCACCGAAAUCAUCUUGGGUGAAGAGGAUCUUCGAUACUCUCACGUGCAUCCGAGAUGACGUUCGCCAGCUCAACGAGAGGAUGACUCAUUUUGAGCAAUCCCGCUCCUACCGUGGCCCGCAUCACAGCUUUAGCAGAGGAGCUCGUCCAGCGAACUCUCUUUGAUUAUAUUCCUUCUGUCCUAACUUAUUAUGAUACAUUGUUAUUUGCUAUUGUUGUUGUUAUGACUCUUUUGGUGGAUGAUGAUGUUGCUAAUUAUGUAUUUGAUUGUUGGUUUGGCAAUAUGGUUCUCUUUUAGAACAUAUUGUCCCUUUGUGGCAAUUCUUGUUGGAAGUUCUCUUUUUUAAGAAAACUCUUGCAAAUUU